AACCUCUCAUCCUCCACAAUUCCCUCCGUCUUCUUUGAUUUCGCAGUGUUUCUCUAAGCACAUUUAGAGAAUUACUACUGCCUUUUCAAAACCUCCCUCAUUCUCAUUCUCAUUCUCAUUCUCAUUCUCAUUCUCAUUUCCUUUCCAUUUCUUUUUAUCAAUCACAUUCCUCUAACUCAUAACUAAUAUCACUAUCACAAAAAUGGCUCGCCAAUUGGUUGUCCUCGCACUCGUCUUCGUCGCCAUUGUCAGCACUGCCUCGGCCGAGGCACCUAAAACCUCCCCAUCCGCAUCCCCAUCCCCCAAGGCCUCAGCUUCAUCCCCCGCCGCCGCAGCCUCCCCCAAGGAAAGCAAAGCCACCCCAGCUGCCUCCCCUAGGGCAUCCUCCCCCAAGGCCUCAUCACCUGCUGCAGCCUCAACCCCCAAAGCUUCUUCCCCUGACGCCUCCGCCUCAACUCCUGAAGCCUCCACCCCCGCCGCCUCCGCUCCCACCACCUCUUCUCCCACUCCUUCCACCGCCAAUGCACCCGAGGCCGACCUCUCUUCUCCACCCGCUCCCGCCACCGAAUCUACCACCCCUGUCUCCGGACCCACCGCUGCCGACGCUUCUCCCGCUGAGGCUCCCACCCCCAGCGCCGCCGCUGCUUUGAAGGUCACUUCCGUCGUUGCUGCUGCCGCCGCCGGCGGUUUCUUCUUCUUCUUCUAAGCUGGGAAAUAUUUAUAAAUUGUUUUUAAAUUUUUUUUUAUUCAUACAAAAAAUGGAAUGUUUUCCAUUAAUUGUAUUUGAUUGAAUUCAAUAAAAUAACUGUGUUUCAAUAGCACAUGUAA